GUAUAUUUUCCGCGGUUAGAUUAUUCUUCAUUUCUUCCAUUAAGAAUGCUCACCAAAGUCUCUCUCUUUCUCCCCUUCUUCAUUUGUCAGCAGUCAUCACAAACGGCAUUCCUUUCUUCUUCUUCCUUCCUCCUUCCAUUUCUUACCUUCUUAUAUCACAAUUCUGUGAGGGGCGGCUAGCCCAGUGAAAUUACACCGGUUUCUUCGGCUGGGUCUCCAUCCUUUCGCUCAAAGUCGCCGCCUUUUGGGUUUAAUUUGCAGACAGCGGCUCCUGGUUCUUAAUUAACCACAUGGAUGACGGCUUGGGGUUGGUGAGUCGACUCUCGGAGUUGGUGAAUGAGAUUUCUGAGCUGCCCGAGUGCGGGAAUGUGUGCAACAAGAUGCCCGGCAAUUUGGUAAGAAGAAUUAUUCUCUUGCGACCCAUGUUUGAGCAAUUGAAAGAUGUCAAUGAAGAGCUGAGCGAAGAAGCUGCUGAAGGGUUUGAGCUGUUGAGAAUUGCUCUGGAAUCAGCGAUGGAGCAUCUGAGGACAGUCAAUGAUGGCAGCAAGGUAUAUCAGUCCAUACAUCGAGACAGCAUAGCAGCUGAAUUCCACCAAAUAACAGAACAAGUUGAAGAAGCACUGAGCAAGAUUCCUUACAAAAAGCUUGAUUUGUCGGAAGAAGUUCAGGAACAGGUAUUACUGAACUCAGUUUAUCAGAGAUGUCGUUGUUCUGUGUAUGACAACUUGGGGCUGGUGAGCCAACUCUUGGAGCUGGUGAAGACCAUCUCUGGGUUGCCCGAGUGUAGAAAUGUCUGCAAAAAAAUGCACGGCAAUUUGGUGAGGAGGAUCAAGCUCUUGAGUCCCAUGUUUGAGGAAUUGAAAGACGGUAGCGAAGAGCUGGUCGAGGAAGCAGCUAUAGGGUUUGAUCUGUUGAGAACUUCUCUGGAUUCAGCUCUGAAGCAUCUGAGGACAGUCAAUGAAGGCAGCAAGGUUUAUCAGGCCUUGUAUCAGGACAACAUAGCAGCUGAGUUCCACCAGAUUACUGAACAGAUUGGAACAGCAUUGAGCAAGAUUCCUUACGACAAGCUCGAUUUGUCCGAGGAAGUCCGGGAACAGAUUGAGCUUGUGCAUGCUCAGUUCAGAAGAGCAACCGCGAGACCAGACUCUCCUGAUGUACAGCUUGAACAUGACUUAGCUAUUGCACAAAGAGAGAGAGAUCCAGACCCUGCAAUCCUGAAGCGGCUUUCUGAAAAGCUUCAACUCAAGACAAUCGAGGAUCUUAAAAAGGAGUCCAUUGCAUUCCAUGAGUUAGUGAUUUCAAGCGAAGGAGAUCCUGACGACUGGUUUGGGAAGAUUUCUUCUCUGUUCAGAAAGUUGAAGGACUUUGUACAAGUUGAAAACCCAGAAGAUGCUGUUGCUCCCAAGGCUGACAAGGAAUUCCUUAAGCACAGGUCUCCUGUUAUCCCAGAUGACUUCCGUUGCCCCAUAUCUCUUGAAUUAAUGAAAGAUCCCGUUAUUGUCUCUACCGGACAGACAUAUGAAAGAUCUUGCAUUCAGAAAUGGCUAGAUGCUGGCCACAAAACAUGUCCAAAGACCCAGCAAACCCUCUUGCACACCGCACUAACUCCCAACUACGUGUUGAAGAGUUUGAUAUCCUUGUGGUGCGAAAGCAAUGGCGUUGAGCUACCUCCUAAGCAUCAAGCUGCUUUUAAGAACAGGAAACUGGGAAGCAGCACUGUUUCAGACUGUGAUCAAACCACCAUUGCUGCAUUGCUCGAAAAGCUAGCGAACGGUAACCCAGAACAGCAGAGAGCAGCUGCUGGAGAACUUCGGUUGCUUGCAAAGAGGAAUGCUGACAACAGAGUCUGUAUUGCUGAAGCAGGAGCCAUUCCUCUCCUCGUGGAAUUACUUUCAUCUCCCGAUGCUCGCACUCAAGAACAUGCUGUCACAGCGCUUCUCAACCUCUCUAUAAACGAUGCAAACAAGGGCAUGAUCGUUAAUGCGGGAGCCAUACCAGACAUCGUGGAUGUUCUGAAGAGCGGAAGCAUGGAAGCGAGGGAAAAUGCAGCGGCUACCCUCUUCAGCCUCUCGGUCGUGGACGAGAACAAGGUGGCGAUAGGAGCAGCUGGCGCAAUCCCAGCACUGAUCAACUUGCUAUGCGAGGGGUCGCCACGUGGGAAGAAGGACGCAGCCACUGCCAUAUUCAAUCUCUCUAUAUACCAGGGGAAUAAAGCAAGAGCAGUUAGGGCCGGGAUCGUGCCACCGUUGAUGAGACUGUUAAAGGAUGCUGGUUGUGGGAUGGUGGACGAAGCUCUAGCGAUCCUUGCGGUUCUCGCGAGCCAUCAGGAAGGUAAGGUGGCAAUCGGGUUGGCUGAUCCCAUUCCAGCCCUGAUGGAGGUGAUCAGAACUGGAUCUCCUCGCAACAGGGAGAAUGCAGCCGCCGUAAUGUGGUCCUUGUGCACAGGUGGCGAUUUACAGCAGUUGAGAGUGGCCAAGGAGUUGGCUGCGGAGGAGGCAUUGAAGGAAUUAGCGGAGAGUGGCACUGAUAGGGCGAAACGGAAGGCUGGGAGCUUAUUGGAGCUACUCCAGCGGGUUGAUCCCGCAGCCUAGUAAAAAGCCUUAGUCUUUAAGUCUUCCAGGUACCAAUUCUGAACACAGGUUGUAGUUUCUGUGGAAAGCUGUAUCUGGGUGCACACCUAUGAGACUACCAGACCCAAAUGGGAGUGGGCAAGUCAGUUGGUAGUGACCAUGGGGGGUUUCCUGAGAAUGCAUUGUGUGUGCAGUCAAGUUGUUGGAUACUAGAGGUGGAGGGUACAUAGGCAGAUUGUAAGUUACACAUGUCAAACUGGUUUUUGAAACACUGUAUAGUAGUUGGAGGGGAAAGUUCAGUGGCUAAUUGUUUAUAACAUUUGGAAGAAAUCAAGCCGGCUUCUUUUGAGACUUGGUCUGGUUUCAAGUAAUGCCUUUGCAGCAUGACAUCGAGGAUUAUGAUCAUCUGCUGCAAAUGACCGCAGCAAUGUAUAAAAAGGCGAGGGAAAUGGGGUGGUGGGGUUGUGCUUGAUACAUACAGGUAUACAAAAGAAAGAGUCAAAAGAAGACUUUAACCUUUGUGUAGUAAUAUGAUGUCUACAGUUGUUAGCCAGAUGGAAAAGAAAAGCAAGUAUUUCUAGGGUUUUCAUGUAGCUGUCAAUGUGAUUCCUUUUUGGCGACUUUUUGUUUCAUGGUAUUGUUUAAGGGGCUGAGGUUUGUGUAGAACAGGUCACGUAAUUUGAAUUAUGGAGGGAAUUUUGUCUUGUUGUAUGUAUGAUCAUUGUUUUAUAAUGGAAUUUUGCUAUUGCUUCCUGUUCUUAUCUUCCUAUUCCAGCCUCUCAAGAUCUAGUCUAGUACCAGUAGUUUGAACUUUGAAGGCCAGCAAUUCCGUCUACUUAAAGGUAGAAGGGGGGAAAACAAAAUCACGACCGUUCUCUUUAUUUUUCGGGUCUCAAGCGAUGGAUACCGUGAUUGUGAAGGAACAAGAAGUGACGCUGGGCACAUAGAGGAAAUUCUAAAUUGUUCCAUGUAUUUUCAGAAACUUUCGAGAUUCUCAAGUAAGAGGUAGAAAAGGUCUACUUACAUACAAGUUGACAUGUGAAAUAAUCAACCAACUCCUUAAACUCACUUCUAUAACUGACACGUAAGGCGAAGGACUCAGAGGAAUCCAGUAGAAUCCCGUUUACACAAGACCAGGACUCGAGGAUCCAGUAGAUUUCAGGUUUACACGAGACCAUAUCUGGCGAGAAGACCGUAAAACUACCCAAGGGAAGGGGAAAUCGUUUGUUGUUAGCUGUUUCUUUGUGCAGCAAGUUAUCUACGGAACUAGCCCAGCUUCUCAACAUAUGAUUCAGUCAAACUAUUACCACUGAUCAUCUUUGUGGUAGCAACCAUCACGUCAUAAGCUAUUCCUUCCAGCAUUCCAUGGAAUGCAUCCAAUAACAGCCAUUAACAGAC